UUCCGUUCCGGUUCAGCUCCCUCUAGCACUGAGUCUGGGGCUCUCCAGUGGGCAGAGAGUCUGUCAGCUCGAAGGCUGCACCAUGAAUGCAGUGACCUAUGAUGACGUGCAUGUUGACUUUACUUGGGAAGAAUGGACUUUGCUGAAUCCUUCCCAGAAGAGUCUCUACAAAGAUGUGAUGGUAGAGACCUACAGAAACCUCACUACUAUAGGAUAUAAUUGGGAAGACCAGAAUAUUGAAGAACAUUGUCAAAGUUCUAGAAAACAUAAAAGGCAUGAAAAAACACACACUAGAUUGAAACCCUAUGAAGAAAAUGAGUGUGGUAAAGCCUUAUCACAUCACAGUCAUCUUCAAAUGCAUAAAAGAUCAUACACCAGAGAGAAACCCUAUGAAUGUAAUAAGUGUUGGAAAACCUUUACACGUCACCAUACUCUUCAAAUGCAUAAAAGAAGCCAUACUGGAGAGAAGCCCUAUGAAUGUAAUCAGUGUGGUAAAGCCUUCGCACGGCAAGACCAUCUUCAAACUCAUGAAAGAAGCCAUACUGGAGAGAAACCCUAUGAAUGUAAUCAGUGUGAUAAAGCCUUUGCAGAUCACAGUAAUCUCCAAAAGCAUAAAAUAACCCAUACUGGAGAGAAACCCUAUAAAUGUAAUCAGUGUGGCAAAGCCUUUGUACAUCCCAAUACUCUCCGAAAGCAUAAAAGAACCCAUACUGGAGAAAAACUGUAUGAAUGUAAUCAGUGUGGUAAAGCCUUCACACAGCACAUUCAUCUUCAAACUCAUGAAAAAAGCCAUACUGGAGAGAAACCCUAUGAAUGUAAUCAGUGUGGCAAAGCCUUUGCUGAUCAAAGUAGUCUCCAAAGACAUAAAAGAAGCCAUACUGGAGAGAAACCCUAUAAAUGUAAUCAGUGUGGUAAAGCUUUCACAUAUUCCAAUAGUAUCCAAUAUCAUGAAAGAAGCCAUACUGGAGAGAAACCCUAUGAAUGCAAUCAGUGUGGAAAAGCCUUCGCACAGCACAUUCAUCUUCAAAAUCAUAAACGAACCCAUACUGGAGAGAAACCCUAUGAAUGUAAUCAGUGUGGUAAAGCCUUCGCACAGCACAUUUAUCUUCAAACUCAUGAAAGAAGCCAUACUGGAGAGAAACCCUAUGAAUGUAAUCAGUGUGGUAAAGCCUUUGCAGAUCACAGUACUCUCCGAAAGCAUAAAAUAACCCAUACUGGAGAGAAACCCUAUAAAUGUAAUCAGUGUGGUAAAGCUUUUGCAAGAUCCAGUAGUCUCCAAUAUCAUGAAAGAAGCCAUACUGGAGAGAAACCCUAUGAAUGUAAUCAGUGUGGUAAAGCUUUCACAUAUUCCGGUAGUCUCCAAGAUCAUGAAAGAACCCAUACUGGAGAGAAACCCUUUGAAUGUAAUCAGUGUGGCAAAGCCUUUGCAUAUCCCAGUACUCUCCGAAAGCAUAAAAGAACCCAUACUGGAGAAAAACUUUAUGAAUGUAAUCAAUGUGGCAAAGCCUUUGCAUAUCCCAGUAGUUUCCAAAAACAUAAACGAACCCAUACCGUAAAGAAACCCUAUGAAUGUAAUCAGUGUGGUGAUGCCUUUGCAAAGCACAUUCAUCUACAAAGUCAUGAAAGCAGCCAUGUUGGAGAGAAAACCCUAUAAAAGUAAUCAGUGUGGUAAAGCCUUUGUUUGUCACAGUAGUCUCCAAACACAUGAAAGAACACAUACUGAAGAGAAACCCUAUGAAUAUAAUCAAUGUGGUAAAGCCUUUGCAUGUAUAGUGAUCUCUGAAAA